UCCACAAAGCCAAGCGUGUCUAUGCCAUUCUUCACUCAACACCGUGUUCAGUUUUUACACAUACAAGUUGGAGACAAAGCUGAAAUAAUUAAGAAGUUCACAUCAAAGGAUAUUGUUAUGUUUUCUGAAUUAACAGGAGAUACUAACCCAUUACACUUGGAUGAAGAAUAUGCAAAGCAAUCAAGGUUUGGGAGAACAGUUGUACAUGGUGUUUUGAUCAAUGGACUUAUUUCAGCUGUCCUAGGUACGAAAAUGCCUGGGCCUGGGUGUAUCUUCCUUUCUCAGGAAAUUAAUUUUCCAUCUCCUUUAUAUGUUGGAGAACAGGUCUUGGCUUCAGCAGAAGUGAAGAAAUUGAAGAGAUGUCUUGCUUAUAUUGCAGUGUCAUGUACAGUUGUCCAAAGUGGCAAAAUUGUCAUGGAGGGUAUUGUUAAAGUUAUAGUGCCUGAAGAUCACAAACCGGUGACCUGAUUGUAUAGUGUGUCCUGUUGGUAGCGGAGAUGUACUUUUAGCUGUAAUCAGAUAGUUACCUAACUCUGUGAGGAAUUUGAAACAGUUUAAUUCCAACAUUUUGAUGUUGAUCUGAUUUAAAAGAUAAUUUUGCUUUUCUCAAUGUGACAGUGAGAUAGGAUGAGAGCUUCAGAAGAAUGCUGAGGUAAAAAUCAGUAUCUAAAAUGCCUUGAGUUGUUUAUUUAGAUUUAUAUAUUGGACAGAUUUAGGGAUUGUCAUGUUGGGUUUGAUCAGUGAUCCCAUUAGCUCUCAAUUUUAUCAAUGAACAAUAACCACUCAGGUGACAGUUGUAUUGCUUAGGCAGUUAAUGCAAUCCAUCCUCUUUAUCAUUAACUAGAAGAACAUUGUACAUCUACCCUCUACUUCCUCCCACAAAUGUCAUUUAUAUAAGUAUGUUUGAUAUAAGAUGAAAAAUAAGAUUAAGAACUUAAUUAUUUUUUCAAAUACCCUUCCUGAAAAAAAAAGCAGUACAUGCCUGGUAUUCUCCUUGCACAAAGUAACACUUCUCUGGAAUGUUAAUCUCAACUACAGCUCUUUUAUCUUCCUUUUAUAUUAACUGUCCCAAUUGAUAAAAAAACAAACCCUUGUAUUGUUGCUCUUAAUGAUUUAGGUAAUUCUACUAUGUAAUUAUACUGUAGCAACUGUUUGCAAUCCUUCCACAAUACAUCUUGAUGCAAAAAAGAAUAAAUCAUAAAGCAACUGGAGAAGCCCAAACAGAGGUGGGUUCUUACCAGUUCGGUGGAACCGGUUCGUCAAAUCUACCGAACCGAUUAGAAAAGGUUC